AUGGCUGAGGAGAGGUUUCAUGGUGAGGGGUAUCAGGAGGGGUACGCUGAAGGCAGUCAUGUUGGAGUUGUUGAGGGAAGGAGGUAUGGAUCAAUCCAUGGUGCCAAGAUUGGGUCAGAGAUUGGCUGCUACCUCGGGUUUGCACUGACGUGGCAGUGUCUGCUCCAGAAGUGCACAGAUGAAAAGAACAGCAAAAAGAUAAGGGCUCUGGAUUCAUUAAUAGGGAUGAUUCAGAAAUUCCCAUACGAAGACCCCACUUACGAUAAGCUGCAAGAAGAUCUGGAAAAAAUCAGAGGAAAAUUUAAACAGGUUUGUUCAGUGCUAAAUAUUCAGUCUGAUUUUAGAAUUGGUACUGAAAGAUCUUCACUAACAUUUUGAAUAUAACAGAUGAAGAUAAACAUGGAUGACCAAAGAAGAAACAUUAAAAGAACAGAUAACUGGAAAGUGUUUGCUCUUAUUUUAAACAAAAUUGAAAUAGUGAAGAGGUGCUAAAUAUUAAAGGAGAAAGGGAAAACCAUUGAACUUGCAAUAGUACUUUUCAUAUGUCAUUUAACAUUUAUUAUUUCCAGGUUUUACUUAGGAUUGCUGAAGCACCCGUGUGUAAACCUGUUAAAUAGAAAUAUUUGCUUUAAUUCCUCACUAGCCUUGUACUAAUAGAUUAAUUCCGCAAAAGGAAAACAUACGCAUUUGCAAAGCUUCCUUGUUUAAAGGGUGUUUGUUACUUAAAAAUCUGUGUAUGCAGAUCAUUCAGUUUACACAAUGUAUAGAUAUUGUAGGGGAGGUAAAAUACAAUCAAUCGCCUGCAGACUUUGCAGUAGGAAUCAUUUUUGUGCAUAAAGGGUAGAAUGACAAAUGAAGUCAGAAUGUGAAGGAGAAAGAUUAAGAGAUCUGCUCAUAAAGUAGCUGCAGGUCAGAACAUGAAAUUUGCACUUUCCAUGACUUCUGCAGACUGAUGCGGGGGGCGGGAGGAAGGGGGAACACCAUGAACCCCUCCCAGAAACCAAACCCAAAAAGCCGGCAAUUUCAGUGAUCAAUGAGAGAAACAUGACUUCCCCAAGAGUUGUGAUACUGGUACUAGCAUCUACUAGUACCUGUUACUGAAGAAUAGCUUUUUAUUUUCCUGUCUUGAAAAUACAUUCUUUAGUCUAAUUCGGAUGCUGUCAGCUAAAUGUAUUCAACUAUAUUAGUUUAAGAGAAAUACAGUUAAUUAUUUUUCCUGAAAAAUGUUUGUGGUUGGACUGCUAGAUGUCUUUGCAUACCAUUUGCAAUACAGUUAAAUAAUGAAUGUACACUUCAUCAGUUCUAACGUAUGCGUGUCUGGCUAAGUCUACAUGGCAUAGUGUAGCUUCAUAAAGGCACAUUUGACUACCAUGGGUAUCAGAAGCUGUAUGCAGGGUGAACUAUCUCAGGUGAAGGAAAUGCUUUAAUAUGGCCAUAUCCUUGAAUAACGCUACUUUGUGCCAUCUAGACCUCGGUUCUGGUUUACCUUGUACAGCUUUUUUACUAUAGAAGAAAAUAAGCAACUUGAAUUUUUAAAAUGUGCACUGUGUAUUCACAUCUGGGAUAUGAAGGACAUGCAUUCCGCUAAAAUUUUUGGAUUUGGGACUCUGAAGAUGAAAAGUUUUGCUGACUGUAUGGAGGGAGUGGUGUGCAUAUGCGUCAGUUAAUUUCAGAAAAAUCUUUUACUUUUUGUCUGUUUCCUGAGUAUGCAAGUAUGCCAAUUGCAGAGCCUUUUCUUGAUAACUGGUUGCUGGUGUAUCUUUUUUGUUUGUUUAAUUGUCUUCAAACAUAGUGACUGUUAGGGCCAUCUAGUGGAGGAGGUCAUUGUAUUGUGUAAGAAACAGAUUAUAGGAGUUCACAAAUAUUUAUUUAGAUAGAAGUUGUUAAAAUAGUGCAGAACAUAUGUACGCGUCAUACAGCUCUUCUAAUUAUGUGGUGAAUUUCUUUGAAAUAAAGUAAUAUUGAGGUAGGAUUCAUUUGUAGCUCAUUUCCUCAUUUGAGACCUUGGAAAGGACGUGACUGCAUUGAUGGUCUCUUCAUUUAGGGCAGUUUGUGUACAGUUGGCUUUUAAUUGUUAUGCAGAUAAACAAAUCCAAAUUUGAAAAAGUUGUCUCUGCAUCCUCAAGCCAGUUUAUUUUUGCAAAUCAAAGUUUUUUACCCAUUAUGCUUCAAAUUAACGAAAGGUACUAGAUACUUAUCUAUGAUUAACUUUGACUUAAAAUAUUUUUUUCGUUGAAGUCCAUGAAUUAUGCUUUAAAUAAACUCCUCUGGAUCUUGGUCUAAAAAGGGCAGUUUUGUUGUUCUUCUGAAUGAUAGUACAAAGAAGUAAAUGCUGGAGGUCUAAGUAUUCACGUUUUAAAAUGCAGCCUUUUUUGGAAUCUUUGUACAUGGUUUAUAAAAAUGUAUCUAAAAGCAAGGGAAGGGAUGUGAGAGCUCCAACUAUCUGUGAAGUAUUUGAUUAAUAGAAGUGUAUGGUAUAUAAGUCACAUGCCAAGUGCUACUCUAGAGAUUGCAUUGAAACCAAAGUUAUUUUUCUUCGACUAAGGAGAAAGGAUCUGUGCAGAUCAAGUGGUCAAUGACUGUUAUUUUGAAAAUUGGUUUGGUGGCUAAUUUUCUUGUAUUGCUUUAAUUUUAUUUAUAACAAAUUAAUAUUAUUAGAAUAAAUUAUUAUAUAUGUAUAUACACAUAUUUGACUAUAAAGAUUGUAGCAACCUGGAUUUAAAACUGGGAUAUGCCAGGCUUAGGGUUGCCUAUUAGGUCUUUAAUUUAGCUCCAUGUGUGUGUACAUACUGGUGGAGUCUCUUAUUCCAUGAGUCUGUAUUUUUCUGAAUAUUUUUCUGAAUAUUUUCUGUUUCAUGUCUUGUAUGGGCCUGAUGGUGUUUAUUAAAUGAGGUACGGUUAAAAAUUCUGUUGCUGUUUAUUAAACAAGGUAUGGUUAAAAAUUCUCUUGGAGACGUAGUUGUAUACCUUCUUUGGUGCCAAUCUUUUAAACUGUUUUCUGCAACAGAGUUAUGGGGUUUUCUGUGAUCAAGGCUGUAACAGUGGAGUCUUCACAGCAUACUGCAGGGGUAUUUUUAUACCUUAUUUACAGCUAAGGAGUUAAAGCCCAGGUUACAUCAAGUAUAUUGAUUUGCCUUAACCAAUGCAAGAUGUCUAAUCUGACUCAUUUCAAAUAAUUUUGCAUUUUGAGUGCUUAAAUACUUCAGAGUGUGCUUCUUGCCAACAUUAAGAGUGGCUGAGUACCUAGCUUUUUUGCAUGUUUGUACUUUUGCCUGUGUCUCAGAUCAGUCACCUAGAAAAUGAGGAACUUUACAGUUAGCAAACACACGUGAAAGGUGUGUGCUUAAGCCAACUAGAAUGUUACGACAGGGGAGGGUACAGGGAGGGAGAAUCCCAUCAACAUUUUGAAAACCAGUAGUGCAGUUUUGUGACAUAAAAGCAUAUGGUUUCUUUUCUUUCGAUGUCUUUCCUGUUAUGUUAACAUCUUCCUAAAAAUCUGUAACAAAUUCUUAUAAAUGUCUUCAUUAGUUUCACACCAUGCUUACUCAUCCUGGGUCUUGAAUGGUCAGGACUCUGGUGGAAGCAAGUGUUGCACUGUAAUUAAAGACUUUUGGGAGGUCUAUGCACAGAGAGGCUGAAUAAAGCUGCUGUGGACCACAGUCAUUUAGACAUUUCCCAGUUUGAAUGCUUGACUGUGCAACUUAAAUAUUGCUUUAAAGACUGGGUGAAAAAGAUAUGGAAAAAAAUGCAACCUUUCAGAUUAUAAUACUGGCUAUUAAUGGAGUGGGACAUAGAGAUUGUGGCUCUGUAGUGUAUUGUCAGGUUUAAAAUUUUGCUGAAGUACUUGAUCUGUUAGGAACAGCUCAGAUAGAAAAUAGCUGCUAAAAUUAUUGAAGUUGCUAAGACUUCGAAAUAUAUUGCUGUGUUCACUACAUCUAGUUAUUGCUCAGUAGUUAGGGAGGAAUGUUUGAAACCUUUAACUUACAAAUUUCUGACUUGCCUGGGCGGCGUUCUGGCUUGUUUGUUUCUUUAUGAUCAUCUUUCAGCUGAAGCUGUAGAAUACAGAAUUUUAUUAAAAGUUGGAUACAAAGCUAAUUACUGCUAAAGUACUGAAGUCAGUGUAGUCCAGAAGACUUGUACUUUUUGUUUCUACAGUAUGUGAUGAGUACAAGAAGUAGUGAGUUUUGAGGCAUCAGAGGGGAAAGGUAAACUCUGACUACAGUGAAUGAAUUCCCUGCAGAACUGAAUGCUGAUUCAAUGCUGUUUCAUAGCCAUGGGAUCAUUAACUGCUAAUAGCAAAUCAGCCAUCACUAGAACAUGCAAAUCUGACUUUGUAGGUUAUCUGUGUCACUGUACUACAUCAGCACAGUAAAAAAAAAAUAGCAUGGAGUUUGUUAAAGCCUCCUAGUAAAAUUAUGAAUAAAACAUUUGUCCGUCUUCAUUAAGCAGCAUACUUUCUUUCCAUUUGCUGUAAACUAAUGUGAAGGGGAUCAAUUUCAGCUUUGCAUGAACAUCUGUAGCCAACAGAAAUGGCUGAAAUAAAUCAGCAAAAAAUCUGAGUAUGCAACUGUUCGCUUAAAAAACAACCCUGUAGGAGGGGCCUGGCUCAUUCAAUCCUAUUGUGUUUUUCUG